UUUUGAAGGAAGGGGUCAACAUGCCGAAGCACACAGAUUGAAUGAUUUCUUUUUCUAGACACUGCAUCUUCUACUUUUUUCUGCUGUUUUGUUUUAACACCGUCUGGAUUUAUGUAGAUGCACAAGGAGAAUAUGCUUUGGAAUCGGGUUAGCCGCUGUGCGAGCUGAAACGUACUUUAUUUCUAUUGUGUAAAUUUAAGUUUUUAUUUUUAUACGCCUCAACAUGUCGGAUACCUGGAGUGAUAUUCAGGCUCACAAGAAGCAGCUGGACUCGUUACGAGAGAGGCUACAGAGGCGGCGAAAGGAAACCAGCCAGCUUGCACUAGAUAUUGUAAAUCCAGAUGCCAGUCUCACACGAAGUGAUAGUCCUGGUCCCCCAGCGGCUCAGAGCCAGUCCAGAGCUGCAUCUGAGAGCCAAGAAGUCCGAAUUGACCCAGAACUGGAGAACAGACUGCUUAUGCACCUGUCAGAUCUGGGGCUUACACUCCCCACAGAUUCUAUCACUAUAAAGAAUGCAUUGUCUACGCCAGAAGAUCCAGUGAGUCAAGCCAGCAUUGAAAGCCUUCUCCUGAAAUUUUCUGCACAAGAACUGAUUGAACUUCGUCCCCAUAGUGCUUCUCUUGACCCUAGCCGGCCUACACCACCAACAUUAGUGACUAGUGCAGACCACACUAAGUUGUGGGCAAUGAUGGGGGCAAUUACAGGGACUGCAGGAUGCAUUGGGGCAGGCACUGUCGGUGGUAGUGGACUGAAACGCAAAGGAACAGACCUUGAUACCAUGUCUUCUCCAUCAAGUUCAUCAUCAGUUGCUGGCAACUCAACUCCAUCAUCUUUACAUUCCCACCUCUCUGGGAGUGUAGGCGUGCCACCUAUGUCUUCUAUUUCCUUUUCUCCUUCCCCCUCACUCCUUCAUCCUUCUUCUCUUUCUCCUUCACUCUCUUACUCCUCUACUGGAGAUAAGAAGGGUUCAGGGACUCUAAUGGAUGCCCCUGCAACAAAAAAGGCCCGUAGCAACAAGCAGCAGGCCUCAGACUUGGAUCUGGAGAUUGAAAGUCUACUAAGCCAACAGUCGACAAAGCAGCAGCAAAGCAAGAAGGUCAGCAGAGAGAUUCUGGAGCUUUUGAACACAACAACAGCAAAAGAACAAUCAAUUGUGGAAAAAUUUCGAUCACGUGGUAGAGCACAGGUGCAGGAAUUUUGUGAUCAUGGAACCAAGGAGGAAUGCAUGAAAGCUUGUGAAGGAGAUUCGCCUUGUCGAAAACUUCAUUUCAGACGCAUAAUCAACAAGCAUACAGAUGAAAGUCUGGGUGAUUGUUCUUUCCUCAACACCUGUUUCCACAUGGACACCUGCAAGUAUGUUCACUAUGAGAUUGACUGCCCGCCUGAAGGGGAGAGCGGGGCUCUAGGGCCUCAAACAAUAGGCAGUGAACUUGGCCUUGCUGGUGGAGUGACUGAUCCCACAGUUGGUAAACUUUUCCCUUCUCAGUGGAUCUGUUGUGAUAUCCGUUACCUGGAUGUUUCAAUCCUUGGAAAGUUUGCAGUGGUGAUGGCUGAUCCACCAUGGGAUAUCCACAUGGAGCUUCCUUAUGGUACGCUUACAGACGACGAGAUGAGAAAACUAAAUGUCCCUGCGCUGCAGGAUGAUGGCUUCCUUUUUCUAUGGGUCACUGGCAGAGCGAUGGAACUUGGUCAGGAGUGUCUUAAAUUGUGGGGGUAUGAGCGUGUAGAUGAGAUCAUUUGGGUAAAGACUAACCAGCUACAGAGAAUUAUCCGGACAGGAAGGACUGGUCAUUGGUUAAACCAUGGGAAAGAGCACUGUUUGGUUGGAGUGAAAGGUAGCCCACAGGGAUUCAAUCGUGGCCUUGACUGUGAUGUCAUUGUAGCUGAAGUGCGCUCAACUAGCCACAAGCCUGAUGAAAUCUAUGGUAUAAUAGAGCGUCUAUCUCCUGGAACACGGAAAAUAGAGUUAUUUGGAAGACCACAUAAUUUGCAGCCCAACUGGGUGACCCUAGGGAAUCAACUGGAUGGCAUCCAUUUGCUAGACCCAGAUGUGGUGGCCAGAUUUAAGAAGCGUUACCCAGAUGGUGUAAUAACUAAACCCAAGAACAUGUAGAUGGUGGUUACAAUUAUAAACAUUGUUUAUUUUUUUAACUUUUUUUUUUUAACAUAAAAACAACAGUGAUGGAC